CCCAGCAGCCGGCGCCACGGGCUGGCCCCUCCAGUCACGCUGCCUCGGGCCGGCAAUGGCGGAAGCUGGAGCUGUCGAGACCAAGGGUGCGGUGUUCCCGCUGCAGCGGCGGCUGGCGACCCUUGGGCGGCGGCUGGCGGCGCACAGGGGAGCGGGCGGUGACGAUGUCUUCUUAGCAAAGGGCUCAGCUACUCUGGACAAAUUGAAGGACUUGUGUAACAAUGGGAAAGGACAUCCUUCCAUGCUUUUGCAGCAGUAUACACAGGCUGUCUUAGACAUUACAUAUUUUGAGGAAAAUCAGCUUGUGGAUGAAGAUUUUCCAGAAGAAUCUUCCUUGCAGAAAGUGAAGGAACUUACUUACACCCUUUCAGAACCAGAAGACCUAGUGAGGGAAUGCAACAUAAAAGAAGAACCCAUCAGUAUCCUCGGUGCAGAGUUGUUAGAAUGUCUUUACUGGAGAAAAGGAGCCCUGCUUUACAUGUAUUGUCAUACAGCAAAAGAAAGGAGUGAGUGGCUACGAGAAAAUGUUACCAUAUUUAAAAAGUGUCUUAAUGAUGGCGUUCAUUACUUGAUGAAGAUGCUUAGCUUUAGAUGCCCUAUUCAGCUAAAUGAAGAUGUCUCACUUCAUGAUAAAGACACAGCUAGAUUACUCAGUGAAGGUGUAUUUAGUGACACUCACUUGCUCGCAAUGAUGUACGGUGGAGAAAUGUGCUACUGGGGAUUGCAGCACUGUGGAGAAGAGGAGGAGAGCCUUGAGACCAUAGAUUUUGUCUCUAACAGUGACCUGGGAUGCACUUUACAGAGCAUGUCUCUGGAUUUCCGAGAAACGGGCAAAAACAUGUUAACAAAGUAUGUGGUUAUGUGUGAGGGACCCUUAAAAGGCCAAGGGUGGAACACAACAACUGCAAAACAAAUGUUGUGCCACUUUGUGGAAUCCCACAAAUAAAAUACACUGCUUUGGCAGUUUCUGGAAGAAACCUUGUGCCCUACGACACUCAGGGACAUGGUAUUUGCUUCAGUCUUCUUACAAAAGGAUUUGCAUUCAAAGAGCACUCAGAAGACGGGUUCGAA